AUUGAUUUUAUUAUGGGUUUAUUUAAAUUUUUGUUGUUUAUGAUUGGAUUUGUAAAGAAUGAAGAGCAGAAAACCAAUAGCCAUUCGUAUUCCGCUUGACGUGGCUCACUUAAACAGAUAAAAAGAGAUGAGAAAGUAGCGAUGCCAGUUUUUUUAUCCAUCUGACGGACGAUAGACAUCGAAAAGAUUGAAACGCGUGUGGGCCUUCGUUCUGCUUCGUUUAUUCGAACAGUACCGACCACCAGAUGGCAGCAGAUAAAACUAAAUGACGUAUCUUUCGCCAGUCUUUCAGUUGUUUUUCUCUGUAAAACCAGUUAGAGGGUCCGCCAUCUUGUCGCGUUUGUUUUUAUUGAGUUGUUAUUUCGUUUGUUGAAGAUCUGAAAGAGAUCACGAAAUUCCCAUUUCUCGUUCGCCAGUUUGAUUGAAUGUGUAUCGAAUUUCGGCAGAGAACAUAGUCUAGCUGUUGUCGUUGCUCGUGCUGACCGAUCUGCAGUGACGGAAGUAGGAGAGCCCAGUGUGAAGGGCGAAUCUCCGUAGAGCAAAUUACUUAAGUCCUGACGUAUAUUAAGUGUGUAUGUUAGCAGUUUUAAGUAUUGCUAUAAAUGAUCAGGAUUCAAUAGGUUUCUUGACUGUUGGUGUUGUUGACGAGUUCCGCUGCUGAAUGGGCCCAUAACUGAUUCCUCUAUUUGGGGUUUGCCCACGCUGAAGACACAAGAAACAGCAGAAGUAGACAGCUUUUUUGAGAAUUUCUUGUAGGAGUUGGAGUUGUUUGAAUCUUUUUGGGAAAAUGGGCAGCACUAGAAAAAUGUUUUCCGUAUUUCUCCUCGCAUCAGCUGUGCUACUUUUGUCAAGAGUCUCUCCAGCUGAGAGUUCACUUAUAACCACAAAAUGUGAAUAUUAUAAUCAUACCAUUUGCCAAGACACUGGAAAAGGUUGCAAUGAAACAGAGUAUUGUGAAGUUGCCGAACCCAACAAAAGAAAUCAUUGCUAUGUUCUGUGGCAAAAUUCAAGCAAUGGAGAGCUUCAAAUCAAAUUCAAGGGCUGCUUUUUGAACAAUUUUGGUUGUUACAAUCAGUCCAAAUGUGUGGGUCAGAAAGAAGAACCAAGAAAAAACCUACUUUUCUGCUGUUGUGAAGGUGAUUAUUGCAACAGAGAAUUUUCUUGGGAGCCCCUAGCAACAGAGACACCACCCACUAUUGGUGCUCCCCCUUUGAGAAGUUCUCAAAAACCAAUUUUGAACACACUCAUGUACACACUGGUUCCAAUUGUGGCCAUAACCUUCAUGAUUGUAAUUGGGUAUUGGAUGUACCGUCGUCAGCGAAUGGCGUACUUCAAUGAAUUACCGACCACUGAGCCUCAAGCCAUCCACCCUCCAUCGCCAACACUGACCGUAAGCCCUGUGCAGUUAUUAGAAAUCAAAGCACGAGGUAGAUUCGGCGCUGUUUGGAAAGGCCAGCUGAAAACCGAAACUGUGGCCGUCAAAAUUUUCCCAUUACAGGACAAACAAUCUUGGCUCGCCGAGCAAGAGGUUUUCAAACUACCCCAGCUUGAUCAUGAUAACAUUCUUCAAUUCAUGAGCGCUGAAAAGAGAGGGGAUAGUCUCCAGACAGAAUUUUGGUUGAUUACUGCUUUCCAUGAGAAAGGCUCACUCUGCGACUAUCUUAAGUGCAACUCAUUAUCAUGGACGGAACUGUGUCGCAUUGCCGAAGGGAUGGCCAGAGGACUGACUCACCUUCACGAAGAGGUCCCUGCUACUAAAGCCGAUGCUUGCAAACCUGCCGUGGCUCACAGAGACUUCAAAUCAAAGAACGUACUGCUCAAAUCAGAUCUAACCGCUUGUAUCGCCGAUUUUGGAUUGGCUCUCAUUUUCUACCCUGGAAGACCCGUUGGAGAUACUCACGGACAAGUGGGCACUCGUCGAUACAUGGCACCUGAAGUAUUGGAAGGUGCCAUCAACUUCAAUAGAGAUGCAUUUUUGCGAAUCGACAUGUACGCAUGUGCUCUUGUACUAUGGGAACUUCUUUCCCGUUGUCGAGGACAGGACGCACCCGUGCCAGAAUACCUCCUUCCAUUCGAAGAGGAGGUGGGGCAACAUCCGACGCUGGAGGACAUGCAAGAGUGCGUGGUCCACCUCAAGCGUCGCCCCGUGCUGAAGGAAAUGUGGAGGCAGCGCCGUGGUAUGGACAUCUUGUGCCAUACCAUCGAAGAGUGUUGGGAUCAGGAUGCCGAAGCCCGAUUGUCAGCGUCUUGUGUGCUGGAGCGUGUUACAGCUCUGACACGACUCUACCCUACGACUACGUUUAACAGCGGUCAGCCAGUAAGAAUCCCUGCUUUCCUUCCACCUCCUCCGCCCAAUUUGAAUUUGGCACCUAACCACAACAACUACACAACCAUGAGUACCGGCAGCGUGGGGCCUAUCCCCCACACAGAGUCGAACAUGUAGCAUCCCCUCCCUGGUUAGGAGUGAAUGACGACUACUUGUAACGCCAACGUACCUGCCGCGAAGUAUAUAGAAGUGCAUCAAGUGUCUUGUGAGUUUUGUGUCAGGCUUUGUGACAUUUGUUUCUCUUCUCUGCCUUUCUAGCCUCGACUUUUUUUUCCUUUUCUAAAUUUCCUUUUUUCUUCUUGUGUAUUAUUUUUCUUCACUAUUGUUUCGUUCACUUUGAGGCUCGUUCAUCGGCCAUAACUGUAACCAACACUUAUACUUCCUUCUACGAGAUCCCUCGUCUGACAGGUGAAAGGAAGAACAAAUUGUCUGCUCCGAUAUAACUGGAUAACCCCGUUCCCUUCAAAUCCCUUUCCAACGAUUGAAACCUAAACGUCGGCAAUGUAACCAACAAGAAAUUGGUAACGAAAUGAU